AUGCCCGACUUCAUCUUCACCAACGCCGACUACGACGAAGAAAAAAUCAAAGCCUCCAGCCGCCUCGCCCAAUCCCAAGCCAGCGACCAGGGCUUCGUCUUCGUCAACUUCGACAAUGGCAACAACGAGCGCCAGAAGCAAGUGGCGAAACGGGCCGUGCGAUCCCAAGCAACUGCCUACUCCCACCGCGUAGCACCCCGAGGAGCCUCCAAAUCGGACCUCAAUCUUCGCGUGCAGCGAAGGAUAGAAGACGGCGAGUCUUCACGCAGGCCGUCGCUCGCGUCUUCAGGAUCUUCCGAGUCCAAGACCAGCCAGAUCGUCCGCAAGAGGCCGAAGAAUACUCCUUCGCCCGGACCUUCCCCCGUACGUGUCGCGAAUAUAUCUCGCAAGAGGAAACGGCAUCGGUUUAAACGGGAGGGUUCUCACGAUAGUGUGCGGAGUGACCGGUCGUUGUCUCCUGGUGCUUUUGAGACGUACCUGCCCAACCCUCUUGCCAUGGAUGCGAGCAUGCGUGAUCCGUUUGGAACAUAUCCCGUGCGGUACAGGUCAUGGUUUGGCCAGUUGAUCAAUUUCUGGUACAACGUCGUCUUCACCCGCAGCACCCGCGUCCUCAAAGCCACAAGAUCCGAACUCGACAUGUACACCGCCUGGUCGCGCCGACAAGAACUCAGCGAGCCGGCCCUCUUCUACACAGCGCUCUACCUCGCGAGCGGCAUCCCCGUAGCCGAAGGCCUUUUCCCGCUGAAAGCGGCCCUCUGGCUGCGCUACAAAACCGUCGAAGCCAUGAAAGAAGCCCUCGCGGACCCGGACCGCGCCAUGAGCACGCCCGUGAUCCUCGCCGUCGGCCGCAUCGCCCUGCACGAGCACAUCUACGGCGACCGGGCGCUGGCGCACAAAGUGCACCGGCCGGCGCAGCUGCGCAUGGUGACGAUGCGCGGCGGCCUGGCGAAUAUGGGCCUGCCGAUGACGACGGUGCAGCUGAUUGUUUGGACGGAUGCGUUACUUUCUGCGGAGGCGGGCACGCAGCCGUAUUUCGCGGAUGUGCCUAGGCAGAUUGCGAUCCGGUCGUAUACGCCGCAGGAGGCGAUGCAUGUGACGAAUCAUUGCUCGCCGCAGAGGAAUGCGCAUCCGGGGUAUGAGGGGAAUAAUAAGGCGGAAGCGGCUGAGGAGCCUGCGGAGUGA